CCGAGAAAGCUUUUGCAAAACUUAUUCCGAUCCGUGGAAUGGAAACUUGCAAAUUAAUAUUGACUUUGCAAUCAAUUAUCAGUUCUGAUAAUGAAAUCAAACAAAGUGCAAUGCUCUGAAUUAUUAGUAGCUUGGUCAAAAUGAGGACGCCAGUGAAACUCGUUGUCGUCUUGACGCUUUCUGCAAUUUUCGGCAGCGGUGAUAGGAUUGCUAACCUUCAACCUAAAAGAAACUUAAUUAAAAUUCGAGACGUGGAGGUAGAUGAAGACGUUUCCCAUUCCCAGCCCAAAAUCGAUUAUGUCAACAAAGGAGCACGAAAACUCCAAACAAAGAGAGCGGGAGUUUCUUUCCAAAAUGUAACCAGGAUGAUCACUGGUGGUACCAAGGCAGGGCAGAAAAUGUUCCCGUGGGUAUUUUUCUUGAUUGUCGACAACGCUUGGCUUUGCGGAGGUUCACUGAUCUCCAGUGAUUGGGGUAUGACUGCAGCCCAUUGCGUGGAUGGUGGUUACACGUUUUCUGUUAAUGUUGGUGGAAUUGAUCGCAGCAGAAAUAAUGAAACUGGCGAAAAAUCGUACACGUCAACAAAGGCUAUCGUCCACAAAGACUAUAACAAGACUUUGUAUACAAAUGACAUAGCCCUAAUAGCGGUAUCCUUCAAAUUGAGUCAAUAUGUGAACGUAAUUCGCCUGCCACCAUAUUCUUACGGCAAUGCUACAUUAGCCGACAAAGAUGCUUAUGUUGCUGGCUACGGACUAACUGCUGAUGGGGGAAGCCCCAGUAGAUACUUGAUGUAUGCGGUCUUAAAGACGAUGAAAAAUAUCGAUUGUGUCAAACUUUUUGGCGAUAAAUAUGUAAUCAGCUCGACCAUUUGCAUCGCACCGGACAUUGCAAAAUCUGCUUGCUUUGGCGACAGUGGAAACACUUUGAAAAUUCUGGAAAAGGACGGAAAAUUCACUGCGAUUGGAAUUGUGUCUGCGGGACCUGAUAUUUGCGUCAACUAUCUCUCAACGUGCACAAGGGUGACUAGCUUUUUGGGAUGGAUUUCUCAACAGACCGGAAUUAAAAUUUUGAACGACAGAAAAAUUAAAAUUAAAAAUAGGAAAUAAUUAUUGUUUAUCAUUGUAAGAUUAAAAUUUCAAUUCUUGAUUUUAUUUUAUUUCAACUACAAGAUUUGAGCUGAUUGCAUCUUUUAAAUCACCACAUUUAGACAUUUAAUUAAAACAAAAUAAUUUAUUAAAAUUAUCAUUCCACUUCCUAUUCUGCAAAAAUUACAAAUAUCACAAAAAUGAAAAAGGUGAUUGUGGAUGUGAAAAAUGUGAAAA